CACAUAAUGUGAACUAAGAAACUGCUAUGGCAUUUCGUAUUGAGGGUGUGACUGUAGCAUCUAAUCCUUGACCCAUUUUUCUUUGUGGUGACUACGACUAGGAGGGAUACAACAAAAUGGAAGCAAGAGUUGCUUCUUUCUUCAGUUCUUCCCUCCUGCUCUAUCUUGGUUACACCAUUCGUGUUUUUAUCUAGUCAGGAUACAAGUUAAGCAUCUAGUUUCCAUGAUAGUUUCAUUAGAAAGCCAUGAAGCCACUCCAUGUUUCAUACAAGAAAAGCAAUACCAAAUUUCCCAUACCUUCCAUUGGCCUCGUCCUUGUGCUGCUGAUCUCCUUGGCCACUCCCACCAGUUCCUGCACAGAGCAGGAGAAGACCUCUCUUCUCCAGUUCCUUGCUGGGCUCUCGCAGGAUGCAGGCCUCGCCAUGUCAUGGCAGGAAGGAACUGAUUGCUGCAAAUGGGAAGGAAUCACCUGCAACCGGAAUGGGAUGGUCACCAAUGUCUCUCUGGCUUCUAGGGGCCUUGAGGGGCACAUCUCACAGUCCCUGGGGAACCUCACCGGCCUGCAGCACCUUAACUUGUCCUACAACUCGCUGUCCGGUGGCCUGCCGCUGGAAUUGGUGUCAUCCAGCAGCAUCAUUGUCCUCGACAUCAGCUUUAACCAGCUCAAUGGAGACCUGCAUGAGCUGCCGUCUUCAACUCCUGGUCAGCCUCUGCAGGUACUUAACAUCUCAAGCAACUUAUUUACAGGGAAGUUUCCAUCUAAGACAUGGGAGGUGAUGAACAGUCUGGUUGCACUCAAUGCCAGCAACAACAGCUUUACUGGGCAGAUUCCAACUCAUUUCUGUAGCAUAUCUCCAUCCUUUGCUGUGCUUGAACUCUCUUACAACAAAUUCACUGGCAGUAUCCCGUUGGGGCUCGGCAAUUGCUCCGUGCUGAGAAUUCUCAAGGCUGGCCGUAACAACCUCAGUGGUACACUCCCAGAUGAACUUUUCAAUGCUACCUCGUUGGAGUUCCUCUCUUUUCCUAACAAUGAUUUGAAUGGUACACUUCAUGGUACACGCAUAAUCAACCUCAGGAAUCUCGAAACCUUUGAUCUUGGAGGGAACAGCUUCACUGGCAGGAUUCCGGAUGAUAUAGGUCAGCUCAGGAGAUUGAAGGAGCUCCAUUUGGACCACAACAAGUUGUCAGGGGAGCUGCCAUCAUCGCUAGGUAGCUGCACAAAUCUCAGAACCAUCGACCUCAGUAGCAACAACUUCAGUGGAGAGCUUGCCAAGGUCAAAUUCUCCAACCUACACAAUCUAAAAACUUUAGACCUUCUGUACAACAACUUCACCGGCACAAUUCCAGAAAGCAUAUACUCUUGCAGAAAUUUGACUGCAUUAAGGCUAUCUGCCAAUAACUUACAAGGGCAACUGUCACCUCGAAUAGGUAAUCUGAAGUCCCUCACCUUCCUAUCACUUGCUCAGAACAAUUUUACAAACAUCACAAAUACACUUCAGAUCCUUAAGAGCUGCAGGAACCUUACCACUCUUCUUAUUGCGUUCAACUUCAUGCAUGAGACCAUGCCAAAUGAUGACAGCAUUGAUGGUUUUGAGAAUCUUCAGGUUCUUGCCUUAAGUGGUUGCUCGUUGUUGGGGAAAAUACCUCAUUGGUUAUCGCAGCUCACAAAUUUGGAGAUGUUAUUUUUAGAUUCCAAUCAACUAAGUGGACCAAUACCUGACUGGAUCAGCAGUCUAAACUUCCUGUUCUAUCUAGACAUAUCAAAUAACAAUCUGACAGGGGAAAUUCCUGCAGCAUUAACAGAGAUGUCGAUGCUAAAAUCAGAGGAGACUGCAGCACAUUUGGAUCCGAGAAUCUUUGAGCUACCAGUUUAUCUAGAUACAUCACUUCAAUACCGCAAAGCCAGUGCUUUUCCAAAAGUGCUCAAUCUAGGAAAUAAUCACUUCACUGGUGUGAUCCCUCCAGAGAUUGGUCUCUUGAAAGAGCUCCUUUCACUAAAUUUGAGCUUCAACAAAUUACAUGGAGAUAUCCCACAAUCCAUCUGCAACCUCACAAAUUUGCUGGUGCUCGACUUAUCAAACAACAAUCUAUCCGGUGCAAUCCCAGCCGCAUUGAACAAUCUACACUUCCUUUCUAAAUUCAAUGUUUCUUUCAAUGAUCUAGAAGGACCUGUGCCAACCACAGGCCAGCUUAGUACAUUUACAAAUUCUAGCUUUGGUGGCAACCCAAAGCUCUGUGGUCCUACCCUUAAUCGCCUUUGCAAUUCGGAUGGAGCACCUUUGACCUCCAAGAAACAAAAUAACAAGAAGGCUGUAUUUGCACUUGCAUUUGGUGUAUUUUUUGGAGGUAUCGCCAUCCUACUCCUGCUAGCUCGUCUCCUUGUCUACUUCCGGGGUACAAGCUUUAGGACCAAAAACAGUAGCACCAAUGAUAGUGACAUAGAAGCAAUGUCAUUCAACUCAAAUUCUGAGCAUUCGUUGGUGAUGAUGGCGGGAAGCAACGGAGAAGAAAACAAGCUCACAUUCACAGACAUCACGAAGGCUACAAAUAACUUUGACAAGGAGAACAUCAUCGGAUGUGGAGGUUAUGGAUUAGUCUACAAGGCAGAGCUACCUGAUGACUACAAGCUUGCCAUCAAGAAGCUCAAUGGUGAAAUGUGCCUUAUGGAAAGGGAGUUCACUGCUGAGGUUGAAGCACUCUCCAUGGCCCGGCAUGAAAAUCUUGUGCCACUCUGGGGUUAUUGCAUCCAUGGAAACUCAAGGUUCCUCAUAUAUUCUUUCAUGGAGAAUGGCAGUCUUGACGAUUGGCUUCACAACAGGGAUGAUGAUGCCAGCACAAUUCUUGACUGGCCGACACGGCUAGAGAUAGCACAAGGAGCAGGUCGUGGCCUUGCUUACAUCCAUAAUGUCUGCAAGCCUCACAUUGUCCACCGUGACAUCAAAUCCAGCAACAUCCUGCUUGACAAAGAAUUCAAAGCUUAUGUUGCAGAUUUUGGGCUGUCAAGAUUGAUCUUUCCCAACAACACUCAUGUCACAACCGAGUUGGUUGGCACUCUCGGUUACAUUCCCCCUGAGUACGGGCAAGGGUGGGUGGCUACUCUGAGAGGUGAUAUAUACAGUUUCGGAGUUGUCCUGCUUGAGCUGCUAACGGGAAGGCGACCUGUUCCGGUCCUGUCAACAUUAAAAGAACUUGUCCCAUGGGUCCUGGAGAUGAGGUCUGAGGGAAAGCAGAUUGAGGUCCUGGAUCCAACACUCAGAGGCACAGGGCACGAAGAGCAAAUGCUGAAGGUGCUUGAUGUUGCUUGCAAGUGUGUGCACCAUAACCCUUGCAUGAGGCCAGCUAUAAUGGAAGUAGUCUCAUGCCUGGAAACCGUCAAUGCUGGCCUGCAGACACAAUAGUCAGCCAAGACAUAAUGCAGUUAGCCAGUUGCACAUGAUAAUAUUGUAGUUCAUUGCAUAUGAGUAGAUGUAUCUUUCACUAGAGGUACUAGUUUUGAGUUUGACUAGUGUUAUAGUGCAUCCUGUACAGUUUCUUGCACAUUUUGAGACUUCUGUACUUUCUUGAGGAAAGUAUCCAUCCUCCACCCCCCUUCUUUUUUCUAAAAGUACUGUAAGAUGUAUGCUCUGAGCAGUUUCUGAAGCAUUGUUAAAAAGUAGAAGCAAGUGGGAAAAUAUUCCAGUUCAUCGAGUUCCUUACUAACCCAAGUACUGACGCUAAUGCACUUAGGUGCUGUCAAGCUCUUUGACUCUGAUCCACAGAAUUCAGAGACCACUGGAGCUUGAGAGUAGGGUGCGGAAUGAGUAAAUGCUAACAAUUUCUGCUUCAGCAUGAAAGCACAAUACGAUGUCUGAUCAUCAAUUGGGAUAAAGCUGCGAA